AUGGAUUUGAACUCAACAGGAUUAAUUGAGCUACAAGUGCAGUAUUGUUUCCAAUCUGGCAAUGCAUCCUGCCCUAAAGAAAUCCAUCCAACAGCAAUCCGUGUGACCCUGUACAUUUUUUGGACUGGCAUUGUUAUGCUUACAGUGUGUGGAAACCUGGUGGUUAUUAUUUCUAUCUCUCAUUUCAAGCAGCUCCACACACCAACCAACCUCUUUUUGCUUUCACUGGCUGUAGCAGAUUUUCUCAUCGGAGUAUUUGUGAUGCCUUUCACCAUGAUUCAAUACAUAGAAACCUGUUGGUAUUUUGGGGACAUAUUGUGUUCAAUCUAUACCAUGUUUAUUCUGGUGCUGACUUCAGUUUCUAUCAGUAAUUUGGUAUUUAUUGCUGUUGAUCGUUACUUUGUUGUGUGCAAUCCAUUUAUUUACUCUACUAAAAUAACAAUUCCUUUAACAUGGAUGUUUAUUGCAUUAAGCUGGAUGUUAUCAGUAGUUUACACAUAUUUAUUAUUUUAUUUUAAGGGAAAUAUCAAUGAUGUUGAAGGAAUUGAUCCUUGUCUUGGAGAUUGUUUUCUGGAAUUCAAUGCAACCUGGACGGUAGUAGAUCUGAUAGUUACUUUUCUCUUGCCUUGUUCUACAAUGGUAACUGUAUAUACAAAAGUGUUUAUAGUUGCAAAAAGACAUGCAAGAGUAAUAAAUGCUAUAGCACGACAAAUUAGUUCUGCUGAUGGAAACAAAAGCAACAUACCAAAAAGGUCUGAAAGAAAAGCAACAAAAACAUUAGGGAUAGUAGUAGCUGUUUUUCUUCUUUGUUGGGUGCCAUACUACAUUUCUACUGUUGUUGACGCAUAUAUCAAUUUUUCUGUCCCUCCUGUAGUGAUGGGUACUCUCACAUGGGUAGUUUAUUUUAACUCCAGCAUGAAUCCAAUUAUCUAUGCCUUGUUUUAUCCCUGGUUUCAGAAGUCACUGAAACUUAUACUAACUUUUAAGAUAUUUAGCCCGGCAUCCUGUAUGACUAAUUUGUUUCCAGAAAAUCAGUAG